AUGAGAAUCUAUUCUAUGGGUACUAUUUGGCCUGACAGACGACAGAAAGAUCUGCACAUCACUAUCCCUAAGUUUUGCAACCCACAGCAAACGAAAGCAAAAUUAGUUGAUUUUUUAUCGACAGUGAGUAUAGAAAUUUUUCGCUUACUUAGCUCCUAGUCUCUGCCAAAUAAUAAAUUGAGCAGUGUUCUGGUUAGAUAAAUAAAGUAAAUAGAUAUAAAUAAAUAAAUAAUGAUUUGGAAGCAGAGUAGAACAUGCACAGAGUGGUUCUUCGUCUACCGUAUUUACUCGAAUAGACACCGCGGCGUUUAUUUCAUUUUUCGCGAUCCAGCUGCGGCGUUUUUUCGAGGGCGGCGUCUAUUCGGGGGCGGCGCUUAUUCAAAAAUCACUUUAUUCAGUACUAAAUAUGGUAACUUUUUUGCUAGGUAACACUAACAAAUCUCUGCAUUAACAGCAGAAUUAAGCGUUGCAAAAUUCUUGAAAGAGAACUUAACACAAGAGCAAAAAAGUAGAGUCACUUUAAACUAAACAAUGUUGUUCUAAAAGACAAUAAAUUUCCAGGGCUGGUUUAAACUUGAAAUAGACUUUUCUUUAAUAAUUAUUAUAAAUCAUUAUUUUCUCAAAUAAACGCCGCACCGUAGACGCGGCGUCUAUUCGGGGGCGGCGUCUAUUAAUAUUUUGAGUCUCAAGUGCGGCGUCUAUUCGAGUAAAUACGGUAUCUGAUUCCUGGUCGAAUUAGAAUUUGGAAAUGUUGGUUUUUGAGGAGAGGAGAAAACCGGAGUACCCGGAGAAAAACCUCUCGGAGCAAAAGAGAGAACCAACAGCAAACUCAACCCACAUACGGCGUCGACGCCGGGAUUUGAACCGGGCCACAUUGGUGGGAGGCGAGCGCUCUCACCACUACGCCAUCCCUUGCACCUAGGUCAAUCAGAAACAGAGAAUGAUUUUUGAAUGAAUAUAACCGAUUUCUUAUGAUGAGGUUUCUUUGACCCAUUGCUUUAUUCCUCUGAGUAAUUAUUGUUUAAGGUUUUCAAACAAUAAUCCUCUGUAAAGGAAAACUGUGAAACUUUUUGUCGGGUAAAGAUAAAUUUUAUUUGUGGUUUUUGCUUACUAAGGAUUCAUAGCUAUUUAUAUUGUUCGUGAUUGAGAUAUCGUUUACAGAUAGCCCAGUAGUUGCACCAUUUUACUUACAAAUUCUUCCGGCUUCUAUUUUCAGCUUGAGGAUAUCGCCAUCAGUCCAUCAAACUUUAAUCCUUCUCUGAACAAUGCUGAAUGCGUUGUGGACGACGAUUCCAAACAUAGGUUUAAAAGUGUGGGAAAGAUAUUUCCUCAGAUGUGCUGGAUUUUUUUACUUUUUUCCUUGACCGGAGGUUAUUUCAUAAGUAUGAUUUGUAUUCAGCUCUUUAAUGAUUACAAAGAUAAGACCGUUGUAAAAGCAACCCUAUUUUUCCUGUUCAUUGUCUUUUGUUUGGGUGUAAUUUUUGCCAUAAUUGCUGUUAGUUAUAGCGCAGAAGGAAACCAAGUUGUGUAUCCUUUGACAUAUCUUUUUUCCAUUGCACUGAUUGUCUUGCGUGGAAUUUUUUGCCUUUACCUUAGAACAGAUGCCCAAGUAAGCUGUAAAACUCCAUUGCCCUACACUGUGGAUCCAGGAUGUUUCAUAGUCGUCCAUUACUUGCUAUGGAUGAUCAUUGGUGCAAUCACUGAACCCUUCUGGGCUAUACCUCUUGUAACAUCGUGUGCAGCAGUAAUAUUAUUGUUUUAUCUUUCGGCCUUGUUCUAUUUUUCUACUGAUCGGCAGUGGGACGCUACAGACAUAGUAAAUUUCACAAUGUUGGUCUUGGCAGUAUUUUCAACCAUAUGCGUGCAAUACUCUUUUUUCAUAGUUGGUAGCCAUUUCUUCCACGGAGGCCUUGUGUCAAGCAUUAUUCCAAGUUUGUUGACAAUCAUAUUAAGCGUUUGGUUGACAUUUUUUAAGGAC